UAUUUGCUUCUUACUCCAAGAUAUUUAUACACUUCCAGCUCCGGCAAUUCUGCGCGCGUAUUGGAUUAUCACACAUCAUAGAUUUCCCUAAAACAGAACCAUAGAGAAAUAUUUUCAAUACACGCGUCGCAGCAACGAACGUAGAUGCACAUGCAUUGCGUUGGAGUCUGACCGAUGAGUAGCUGGCGAGUGGUCAGAUAUCCCCAACCAAAAGAAGCAACGCACAAGAUCCGAGGGAAGUCGGAUAUUCUAGAAAUGAUCUUCGGGCCAGUAGACCAAGAAUUGUUAGUCGUGAAAAGUUUUUACUUCUUCUUUUAUUCUGCUUUCGGAUCUCUCUUUCCUUUGAUGGGAGUCUACUUCAAGCAAAUGGGAAUGAAUGCUACUCAAAGCGGUAUCUUGAUCGGUUCUCGACCAUUCGUGGAAUUUCUCUCAGCACCAUUUUGGGGUAGCUUAGCUGAUAGGUGGCAGAAAGGCAAGAUUCUCCUUCUCGCCUCACUGGCAUCCUGGAUUAUCUUCACGGUUCCCCUAGGAUCAAUACAACCUCCAGCAACGUCAUGCAUGCAUGUGGAUAGAAAUAACACGGCGAUGCUGACGAGCCCAGAGAUUACUGUCACAAAAAUCAGCAAGAGAUCAGUGGACGACCAAAUGUAUGCAGAAUAUGCUAGGAGACUGGAUGAAGUAGAACUAGAAAGUCACUCCAGGAAAAAGAGAUCGUUGCCAUUUUUGCCAACGUUAGCUGCUGGCCAGUCACCCAUAAAAGUCACUUACGCCUCGAACUACAACCCAAAGGAACACGAAAGCUGGGUUCAACCUAUCAUCUCAUCCAUUGUUUAUCGAACCCAGGAUAUCCAAAAAGCGUUUUUUCUUCUACUCCUACUGGUUAUAGUAGGCGAAUUCUUCAGCGCCCCAGCAGUCACCCUAGCAGAUUCGGCGGUAUUGACAUUACUUGGUGAGGACGCGGACACAUAUGGCCACCAACGUAUGUUUGGAUCACUCGGAUGGGGUCUGGCAAUGUUUUUCGUUGGUAUAGCUCUGGACCACUCCACUGCUUUCCCUAACCAUCCGUGCGGGCCUGAUAAAAAGGAAAAGAACUACACGAUCUGCUUUGCGACCUUCUCAGUAUUGAUGGGCGCUGCGCUAAUCAGUGCUACUCAGAUAACAUUCAAGUAUGACGAACAGCCUGCGCCUCAAGUAGAUGACGAGAAGCCGAAUGUUCCAAGGCCUCUGACAGACGAGGAACGAAUGCAAGCUCAGCUUGCUGAGCAGCUGCACCUGCCAUCGCUUGCUGAUACCACCGGAAGCAGCCUUCCAGCGCAACCGCAACCGCAAGAGCAAAAGUCGAAGAUAUUUGCCCAGACAACUCGGGAGAUACCCGAGUGGGUAACAGUCCUCAAACAGUUCAAAGACCUGAAAUGUGCGUCCUUCCUCUUCGUCGCGUGGUGGAUGGGCUUCGGCAUUGGACUGAUCUUCACCUUCCUCUUUUGGCAUCUUCAGGACUACGGGGGAUCUCCAACACUGUUUGGAGUCGCAUCUGUUAUCAACCACGUUUCGGAAAUUUUUGCUUACUUCUUCAGCUUCAGAUUGAUCAGGCAGAUGGGACAUGUUAAGGUGCUUUGUUUGGGACUGCUAGGAAACACGCUGCGUUUUCUGUACAUAUCUUGGUUGACGAACCCGUGGUGGGUACUGCCGUUCGAAUUCAUGCAGGGCAUCACUCACGCAGCAGUUUGGGCAGCCUGCUGCUCCUACAUAGCGCACAACACACCUCCAGAGCUGCGCACCUCCGCUCAAGGUGUACUACAGGGUGUUCAUCAUGGUUUGGGUCGAGGCUGUGGGGCAGUACUAGGCGGUGCUUUUGUGGCUUCCUUCGGUAGCACGGCUACAUUCAGGGGAUACGGCUUGGUGUGCCUCUUAGUGUUGGCUGCUUUUGUCUUCAUCAACUUCUAUAGAGGAGACCAGGGCUUCGUAACAGAUUUGCCACAGACUGAUGAUCCAAGACAGGUUGCUGAAGAGACCGCUCACUUAGCUCCGCAUGGAGUUCCCAGUAACCCGAUUCCAAGGGCUCUAUCCAGUACCAAACUUAAUGAACUGGCUAGUGAUAGUUACGGUGCUACUUAUCAAGCGGGGCAGGGAGGUACAUUGGAUGUGCCAGGAGCUAACCCCUUCAAGCAACCUACGCAGGGGUUUCAGGUAAGAAACGAGAACUACUAAUCCCAUACAGUCACGGUGCGGCUUCUUCAGGAUAGACACCGCUAUGCAGGUCCAACAACCGAUCACCACCACCGACAGCAGCUAUGAUUGGUAAAAAUAUCACUUUAACCAUAUUUGAAUCAAUCAAGAUACAGAUAGACCAAUCUAUAUCGGAGUAUAACUGUACCAUGCUUAAGAUUGCAUACAAGCUUCCUGUGAUUCUGCGAUGGAAUAUAUUUAAGGUUACUAGCUUAGUGCAGCUCAAGAAAUUAAACUAGUCUUUGAGCUAGAUGUCUAUGGAACUUGCCUGAUACGUGUUAUAUAACAUAAAUUAAAACAUGUAGAUAUUUUCAAUUUUCGCGGAACACAGAAUACAGGUUUCUUAAAAAUAAACUUGUGAAUUUCCCUAUCGUGAUUUGGGUUUAUGAAGUAUACGUUGGUUGUCUCCUAGAUUUGUUCAGUAUUAUAGGUAUAAAAUACAAUUUUGAAAUGAAUCUGCUUUUUCCGGAAACAUAUCUAUUUGAGUCUAAACUAUUGGACAACUAUUAGUUCUUCCAUGUUGACUGUUUGAAUCCCCUGUUUUCUUAAAACGUUUUCAGCAUCAUCUUAUCCUGAAAGGCCCAUAUCUUCGAAAAGCAGACUCAUAGGGUGAUUGGACGUUUUAGGUAACUAGGAACAUGGAAAUCUUCGCAAUUUCCUGUUUAUCUACUCCUAGUUCCAUUUUCUUAGUUACCUAAAUGCACAACUUUGCUCCCAUAUCACCGACUUCGUAACUUUUACCAUUUCCGAGAUCACAAUGAGCGUCGAAUUUAAAACACCCGGUAUGUUGUGUAGUAUAUAGAUCAAAGAGAUCAUACCCAUAAUCUGUAUAAUCUGAAACGACGAAAAGGCUAAUCUGACGGUUGAUAUGGCUAUGAAGAUAUUUUAAUCAGUAAGUUCGAGUCAUAUUUUCGAGAAAAAAUAGCGUCAAGUAGAUUGACUAUGUACUUCCCACGCAGCGUUGUUAUCAGUUAGAUACGCAAUCCGUUUGCCGAGAAUAUUUUUAGUCCCUGCCCGCCUCUCUACAACUCCUACCCCCAAGUUUUUUACCUCCAUUUUUUUUUGAUGAUCAAGGUCAUCUGAAACGUCAAAAAACGAAAUUUGAGUGGUUUUCAUUCCCUUUCGUGUUUGUCCUUUUUCUCUGAUGCCACUAACGGUGUGUAAACGCUUCACCGAAAUCCGAGCGGCACUUCUCAAGUUAUAGGCGGUUAUGAGAUUAGCGGACAGAUCGACUAAAAUGGGUUUUUAGUGAUGUACAUGUCACAUAACAUCCAAAAAGCAAUAUCUCAUUUUUGAAAAUUUUCGAUGAUUAGGCGCCAAUAGGCGUGGGAAAUAAGAAUACCGUAAACGGUGUCAAAAGCUUCCACAAAAGGAAUAGAACAGUUUCUACUGGUCAUUCUACUCCCUCGUCUUCAAGAAUUGACUCCCUGAUACAACCCAGACCAUGUACAUCCACAGGGCUUGUCCGGAAAGUAAUGACCCUUAUUUUUCACAAUAUUUAUUGACCGGGAUAUUACAGAAACUCGAUAUUCUUCGAAGUAGUAUCCUCCUGCAUCGAUUUACUUGUGAGAGCGUGAUUUCCAAGCCACAUACCCUCCUUGGAACUUCUCAACCGGGAUGCUGUUUAGGGAGGCCGUCGAAAUAGUUUGCAUGUUGUCUAGGGUGUCCAGAUGCUGUCCUCUGAGGUCUCUUUUUAGUCGAGGAAACAAAAAGAAGUCUGCCGGAGACAGGCCGGGACUGUAUGGCGGCUGGAGCUCCGCUCAGGUACCAACCUGAAUCGAUUAAGCAACGAAGGCAAAGGUGAUGUGUGGUAGUAUUCCAAGCAAUGGCAGUCUUGCCAGGGGGUACAAACUCGUGGUACACGAUUUCUUUAACACUAAAGAAUACAAUCGGUAUGGAAUUCACCCGCGACUUGCUCAUUCGACCAUUCUUCGGGUAUGGCGACUCCGCCCACCUCUCCUGGUACUUUGGUUAGUUUCACACCAAACUUUGUCGCGUGUCUUUGCUUUAAGGCUUUAUUCAUCGUAACCUCGACGUGGAUUUACAAAAAGCAACGCUCGCACCUUCCAGGAGCUCGGAGGCCACUGGCAAGGAUAUUGUUGAAAAGCUGAAGGUUUCCCGAAAGUUUCUCAACCAGUCCCGCCGCGCUGUGUUGUACUCGUAUAGUCGUCUCACAAAAAAAAUGAAGCUCUUUACUUUCCGCAUAAACCCUGUAUGGUGAUUCCAGACUAAUGGAGCAAUUAUCAGUAUUCCACUUUAUCUGGUACGUGCUAGGUAAAUCUACAAUUUGUUUUUGAGGAUUCUGUGAAAUGAGCUACUAUUGUCGCAGGUAAAUCUGAAUUUUACUAUCUGGCCAAGAAUCGCAUCCCUUAAACCUCGUCUGCCGUUUUUCAUACAUAUUUCAUACAUAUUUGCAAAUUUUCCGUUUUUCAGAACCUAGCUCCAUUUGUUUGCUGUUCAGAUAACAUACCCCAAUGGCAUUUUCCACUAACUUGAGUCAAUAUAUACGUGACGAAGAUUUACCUAAAAAUAUCUUAGAAAUAUAUUUUUAUGAUAUCGUAAAGACUAUACAUUGAGCUGUAAAAGGGAAUUUCACCUAUAAGGCUUAUAUCCUAGCCAAAAGCAACAGACACAUAUCAGUAAGCUUGUGACCAUUUUGUAGUUCUUUUCCUAAUAUUAUCCAUUUAUAGCUGUUCAUUGUGAAAUAGAAUGCAAAUAAGGCAACUAAACAUAAUAAUGCAUAUUUAUAUAUGAGAAGAAUUUUAGUGGAGAAUGCGAUUACGGCCGAAAAAGAAAAAGCACUGGAUGGGAGUAUUAUAUACAGUGCUUUUCAAAAAGAUCUUCAUUUAUUUUUUGAUCGGGUCAAGUUAGCGGGUCGAAAUUCGGAAUGAUAAAAUUGAUGCAUGAAUACUAUAUUUUAGCGGACAAUUUUGUUGAAUGGUCUGGUGAUAUGAAGUUCAUUAUGCGUACCUCAUAACCCUGCUGUAUAAAUUUCCUCUCUUUCAAAUCGAUUAUAACUGAACAACUAAUAAUAAAAGUACUAGUAUGUCAUAUUGAUAUUCUCCUUUCGGGAGGGUCUAUCUAAAUGUGCAAUGAAAUAUCACACAUUCUGUCCCAAAAAAUUGUCCGAUUUUGACAUUAUUUUUUAGAUAGAAUAUCUCAUAUUUUAUUACACAUCCAGAUAAAUUCUUCCAAGAACAAAAUAUUAAUAUAAAAGCAGUCAUAAGUGGAUUCAAAGUGAGGUCACACGACCAUCCAUAGUGGCCAGCCACCAUCUUACAAUUCUCAAUUCUGGCUUUUACGGUAAAAUAUAAUACUCUUGCAAUGAUUUCAUCACACAGAAUUUCAGCUUAUUUACCUAACCGUUCGUAAAGUAUUGUAUGUGAGGUACAUAUAAAAAAUUAGUAGAAACAGUUUUUCUCAGUAAAUGACUCUUUUGCAAAAGAUGGUUGGACAAGAAAUAGAGCUACAAGCUGCAUCCUCGAAUUGAAAAGUACUGUUCUGUUGAUUUAUGUAUAGCUUCCUAUAGUUAAGAUAUCUUACAGAUUAUCUCGAUGUAUUCAAACGUAUCUUACUGAAUAUUUGAUCAGUUAGUAUUAGCUUAAAUCGAGAAAUCGGUACUUGUAUAAAGCCUUAAUUUUAAGUAUGAAGCGCCCGCAAAGAUCUCACUGUACUGUAUGGUGUACAACUAAGUGGUAGCUAUUGAUAAAAUAUUUUUCUUUUGUAUUAGAUUGUUGUACUGUAUAUUUUUGAAAGAUUUACCUCAUUUAGAUGAUAAUACUAAAUCGUUUACUGCAAAGUUGCCAUAUCGGAGUAUUAACGCGUAUUUAUCGUAUUACAUAUAGCUUAUAGUCAUAGGUUACAGAUUAUCAAUAAGGUACCUAUACCAAAUAAGGCCACAUUAACGUUUGGAUAGUUAUAACUUCAUAAAUAUUGCGAUACGAUCAUGAAAUUUUAAAGGUAUCAUUACAGGUAUGUUCAGUGAAUAAGCUGUAUCGGAGAGCUCCGAGAACUGUUCUUUUCAUAUAAAAAAUACAUAUUUUUUUAAACACUAGCGUUGGCCUUAUUAGGAACCCAGUUAUCCAAAUAAGUCCAUGAUCUGGUUUUUAAUAAAGCCACGCUCAAAAUAUAAAACAAGACUGUUGCAUAAUCGAAGUUAUACUUCUAAUUAACAACAAUAAAUAAUUCUUAAAUCCAUAUAGAUUUCAAUUAAAAAAAUCAAAUUGUUUUUGCCUUCGCAUUGAAGACAAAUAGAUGAUACCUUAUCGCCUCUAAACAAGGCUACACAUUCCUCAUGACAUAUCUCAAGCAAACAGUCUUAGUUUUCGUCUUUCUUCUUCUGGGAACCAUUUAACAUGGCCUUAUUACGCACAUCUAACCUUAAAUGUACAAUUUACAAAAUUGAAAACAUUCAAAACCUGGCAACAGCAAAUAACUACCUGCAUAUGCUUAUAGACUUACCUGUUUGAAUUAACAAGAGAUUCCGUAAAGAGAACGGACAACAUGCAAAAAUGGAGACAAACUCAAAGCAGAUAUUUUAUAAGGCACAUUUUGAAAGCCGACGCUGUGCUACUGCGCCAUCUAGCGCCGCUCCACAGCUGCUGAAUUUAUGGCUGCUAACUGCUUUCAAUAAAUUUGUAGAACUGCAGAAAUGUUCAGUUUUAAAUGUUGAUAGUUUCUGAGAAAUCGACGCAUGGCCUUAUUAGGUGCAUGGCCUUAUUUGCUACAGGUACCUUAUUUGACAAAAGGAUGCUUCUCUUAGUUUGUUGGUGUGAAUCUGUGAAUGGUUGUAGAUAUAUAUCGAUGUGUAAUUUUGUUAUCAUCUUGUUGUGUAUAUCGCGAUCCGCAUAUUUUGAUUCCUGUUUACUUGGUGUCACUGUUAUCAGAUCAACAUAAAUCUAUUCCAAAGUUUGUGUAGUUCCUUCGAGAUUUAAACCAAAUUAUGACUUGCGAGUUCGGCAUUAGUUUGAUCGUUUUAAAUACUCGUAUAUUGUCCAGAAUUUCGUAACUAUAUUGUGGUCAUGGUACCUUCACACAAUUGUUUAAAGAAAAUUCGUUAAGAGAUACGGAUUUUGUUGUUUUUGGUUUGACUUAAAUCUACAUAUUGUAUUUAAGGUCUGUUAAUGUUGGCAUCCACAGAAUGGACUCGUUUGUGGUAUCGAACAAAAUCUAUUCGUAACUUUAUCUUGUAAUUUUUAUAAUUUAGUUUAUGUAAAUAAUCUUACAUAACUGAAGUAUAUUGAUCAUAGGGUUAUAUUAAUGAAAAUACUUUAAUAUUGUUAAUAUUAGAUACUAUUAGCACUAGUGUCAUUUUAUUACGCGUUCACCGCUGUACAACUAUUGCUUGACGUUUUAGACUUUUAGCAAGAGAAUUUGUGUAUUUAUUUUUACAAUAUCAAUCGCUUGAAAAAGUGGGUAUACGCAUAGAAUAUCAAGUCGUUGGACUUUUCUACAAGCGAUUGAGCUGCUGUCAAAAUAAAUUUUUGACUUUGGACUAGUAAUAAUAUUUUGAUAGUAGCUUAGCUAUAAAACAGUGGACACAACAAAAUUGACACAACACUGCAAGCUAGGAGGAACAAUGGAAAAUCCACUGUACUUACAUAUCGUGAACAGCACGGGGAUUAACCUUGAUCGGCAUAUCUUCAUGCAUUGAGAUGACACAGAAAAAAAUGAGCAAAAAUUUGAUAUUUUGCGUAUGUGUGCUUUUUUAGAAUGAUGUUAAUGUUUUUACUUACCAAUCGAAGAUAAUCCUUCCGAGUGACAUAUUUUCACAAACUUAACAUACAAUAUAAUAUCAUUUUUUGUAGAUUAGCCUAUCUUUGCCGAAUCACUAUUAUUAAUAAAUAUACAUAUAAUUUUAGACAGAUUUAUGGAUUUUGUAGACAAGUACGUGAAUAAAUUCAAGAAGGUUUUGCGAUAUAAAUUACAAAAAAUGCUUAUAUAUAUAUGUCCACUAUACCAUGUGGUGUAUUUUGCAGUUUUGACCCGUCAAGCUCAUUAUGAAUUGAAAAUAUAUACCUACGAGGAAGAAAAAGAGACUAAAAUGUGUCUUUGCCAUCAUCAAAAUUGUGUUUGUGUGACAGAUACUACACGCUAGAAAUACUUCUGUAAUUUAUCCGCAAAAAUAGUUUUCGGGACACCUCGACAGCACUUCAGUCUACUUAUGUACUGAGGACUAACGAAUCAACUGACUUCUUUCGAUCUAACAAUAUGUCACUAGAUGUAGACAGUAGCAAGUUGAUUGAAAGAAUUCAGCUUUAUCAGUCACUAAGUGAUAUCCUUAGUCAUAUACAUAUCUGCAGAGUAAAUAUAAGAGCUGUUAAAUAUACAUAAUAUUAUAUUUGUUUAGGAUAUAGAGCACUAUGGACCUAAGUACUGUAAAAUGCAAAAUAGUAAUUGCACCAAUAAACCUUUAAGUUUUGAUA